AUGCAUCCCAAGCUGCAAAGAUGCCCGAUACUUUUUCUUUUUGCCUAUUUGGGUCUGGGUAUGAGGCUUUCUCAAUGGUUCAAUUUGAGGGGUAUCAGCCACGAAUACCUACUUAAUAAACAAGUGACCUAUACUAUGGAUAUUGCUUUCUCACAUUUUCUGCUGGUUCUCAAUGACACUUCAGAUUUCUUGUUUACCAGACCCUUCUCAACGAUCUUCAACAUUGAGAACUCGAACUUAAAAAGCAUGGAAAACAAUGCGCUGUCCACGGCACUAUCCCAGAUUCCUCCUUUUGUCCCUGUAACAUUAGGAGAUACCCUGGCGAAUCCCGCAGGAUCAGGGCUCUCCCCUGGAGAAAAACUAGAAAAGACUUCCUCCACAGGAACCAGUGAGAGUGAUAGCACGCAGGUUUCCUCACUAGGGAUUGAUAUGCUCAAGAAAAUCACAACUUCGCGGGAGAUCUGUUCAGACUCCAAGGAAGGCGUAUAUGCAUCCGGAAAUACUGAGAAGUUUGAUACCAAAGACGAUAAGGCUGCUUCAGCUGAGGCAAAGGAUACAAAUGAAAAGAAGAAGGUCUUGCAAGAAAUCAAAAUUACGCGUGUCCCUCUGGAGCACUGGCGAAAGAUCAAGAAAGAUCGACUUGCAACAGAACAAAACACGCAACCUCCACCUGAAAAUUCUAUUGCUCCAGUACUGGAUAUGGGAACGUCUGGUCGCCAACAUGCCCCAUACCGGUUGGCUAUUAAUUAUACGUACCUCUUGAAUGCAUUGGAAGCAUGUACCAGGACUCUCUUCACGGAAGAACAGAACGUCUUAGUAAGACCAUUUAAGUACCUGGUGGAGUUCGAAUCUGAUAUCAGGGAGUUUCUAAGAAAAACUGAGAUGUCCUGUGACCAUGCGGACGAUGAACUCAGUCGUUGUUCACAGGAAAUUGUGGAUCACGAAUCAAAAGAGGCAGAAGUCUGCACAGGAGAGGCUAGAGCAGGCAAAAUUAACCGCAUUACGGAAUUCAUGGAUCAAGACAUGAGAGAUAUCUUUGAGGUUAAGCAGCAGAUUUUUACACGUAACCUCAAAGACAUUCCCUUUGAGCACCUAUGGCAGCUCUAUAAACCAGGAGACGUGGUGUUUCGUCCAUUACAGCAUGAAAAGCGUUGGGAGAUGAUCAGUUUUAUUAUCGACUGUAUUUACUUUGAAUCCGACGGAAUUUUCAUUGCCCCAAGACCGAAGAGAUUCGUGAUACCACCAUUCCUCCGAACAAGGCCUAUUGCCUCACUCCCUCUUCGGUAUCAACUCUUUGGCCCGGAGUGGGAAAAGUCAAAUCAGACUUCUACUCCAUACGCAAACUACCGGAUUGACCGAGCUGAGGUAUAUGGUGAGGUCAUUGUCGACCAAGAAGUCGGAGUUACGCCUUUAAAAGAAAGAUGCUAUAAAUGGUCUCUGAAAACAGGAGGCGGCAUCAUCAAAACACCAACCAAGGCUGGUAGACGAGAGACUAAUGAUUUUUUCCCUAAAAAGAAUGAUGGAGAUUGGGUGACAGAUGUCUUUGAUGAUUCCAUCUUUGAAGAGGACCGGAGGCACGAACUUUUGUUUACCACUGACGUUGUCACCAGCCUUUUAAUCAAUUCCUCAACUAUUUCCGAUGAACACCUCAUGUUACUCCCUCCCCGCCUCUAUGGAUUCUCGUUACUGGACCAUCGGUGGUGUGCGCUGGACAUUAGCAUGCUGCAACCAAUAACUAGCAAGGAUGGUCAGAGUGACCAGCCCAAGUUGGAAGGCCUCAUCCUGCCAGAUGAUCACAAGACUAUUCUACAGGCCUUGAUUACGAAUCAAAUCGGCACACCUCCUGAAACCCGAAAUCAUAUCAACAAAAUACAAGACAGCUUUUCCAUGGAUGUUGUACCUGCAAAAGUGAUCUUGGCGUUACAGCGAACUCCGCGGAAGAUAAACUCGAUGCAUUUUGCAGAUUGGCCCAUCGAUGAAGAUGUGUACUCCUUUUGGACGAGGCAGACGUCUUCCUGGCUAAGCGAGAACGAGGUGAUAUCAAAAGGAACAGUCUGGUGUCCGGUAGGUCCAAAACCCAAUCUGUUUCUGCGCAUGUUGGAGUACUUUUCCGGUGUCCUAAUUUUAACAACCAACCGAGUCGGCGAGUUCGACGAGGCCUUUCGAUCCCGGACACAUAUCUGCCUCUAUUAUCCCAAACUGGAAGAGAUUUUCACCAAAGAAAUUGGGAGGGAGAAUAUCCAGCGAAUCCAAAACAAGGUAAAAGGCAUUAAACGCUUUGCAGACAAGCACUGGAAAGCAAACUUGAACAGACCAUCGCGGUGGUGGAAUGGCCGGCAGAUCAAAAAUGCAUUCCAGACGGCAAUAGCACUCGCCAGAUGGGAUUUCCAUGACAUGAGCAAUGUUGCGAAAUUAGAUCGGCCAUUGCUGAAGGCAGAACACUUCCGGCGUGUAGCUAGAAUCACGGCACUUUUCGACGACUAUAUCAGCAAAGUAUACGGCAUGGUUGACAAGGAUACCUAUGGAGUCCUAGCUGAAAGGGAUGAAUUUCGGAAUGACAAUAGUCCUUCUGCGAUGUCACAACCUACCAUGCAGAAAGGUUAUACCGGAAGGCCGGAAUCUGUUCUCAGAGGAACAGACUACUGGAGCCCUCCGGAUAUCUCCAAGCCCGAAGACUCUGAACACUCAACUUAUGGAAGUGACAGUGAUCAUCCAGAUGCAGAUGACGAAUCCAAAGAUGAUAAACAGGGGGAAGCUGAUGCUGUCGCAGGCGAUGAAGCUAAUAAGAUCCGUCAAUUGGAACUUGAAUUGGAGCCGGUGAAGCUCAAGCAAAAGAAGAGCCGGUCGGCAGCUGGCAAGGCAUGUAACUGA